UGGGAAAGUAGCUCCAACUCCACCAUCCGGGUACUCUCAUGGAUAUCGCAUCCUCUCGCUUGAACCGGAGACAUCCCCACGCUGGCUCAAACCAAUUACAUUACAUUCUGGAAGGGGGCCUACGCGCUGAACAUUUCAACGGGGCUUGCAGAAGAUAAUUGGCCAGGACAGCAUGGCGAUACACUUUGAGUGAGAGGAUACGGUAUUCCAUCUUCAUUUUUGAGGUAGCAAGGUUGAGGAUUGCGUGUGAAGACCGCAGCAGACUUUACAUACCUAACAUCGGUACUGAGUUUCCAGAAGACCAACUCCCCUUGCCUUGAGCCCCCACACGUUUUUCGGGUGCACUUUCCUGUAAUUCAAGCUAAACUGACUACGUAUUAGUAGGGAGAGAAGAAAAAGCACACAUGCGGUUCUCUUCCUGCCUGCCAUAUCACAAACACUCAUCUAGAACAACGGCAUACACCCUGGACACCCGGCAGUCCCUCCUCAUCACCACCCAGUCGCAUUAAUGGCUCCGUGGCGAGGGCAAGCCGAUUUCCACCCAACUGGGCGUUUAGGAUACCGAAACCCGAAGCACUCUCCUUUCUUAUUCCUGACGUUCAUUGUUGGUCAUCACGAUUAAGGCAUUUGAUGUCUUUUUUUCAGUAUUAAAUCCAUUCCUCCGGCACGGUGGCUUGUGCAUGUCAUGUCCCGGUCUUCUCAACGCACUGCUUCUUUCUACUUUUUUUUUUUUUGGGUUGCCAUUCUUUGUUUACUUACCCCCUAAGAAAACAACAGUACCCACCAGCCGAAAACGACUAGUAACCUCACAUCAUGGCAAUGGGAGGUGAGGGCCCCGGGGCCAUAACCGUGAUGUGGGUUAUGGUCGCACUUACUGCACUUUGCGUCAGCCUACGAUUAUACGUUCGUAUGUUGCUUGUGGCGAAUACGGGUUAUGAUGAUCAUGUUUAUGUUCUUGCGUUUAUAUUACUCGUCGGCUACACAAUCUGCUGUACCAUAGCAGCCCACUAUGGUUUUGGGCAAAACAUGUGGGACAUCCCACCGGAAGAUGUCCCCGGCGCCAUCAUGUGGGAGGCUAUCGGCCAGUGCUUCGCCGUUAUCGGCAUGGCUUUGGCAAAAUGGUCGUUGGGACUCUUCCUGUUGCGCCUGGUCACCCAGACAUGGCACAAAGUUAGCAUCUGGCUUAUGAUGGGAUCGCUUAUGGGCGCUUCAAUCUCCGUCUGCUUUGUCUUUAUGCUUCAGUGCUCGCCGCCGGCGUAUCUCUGGGAUCGGUCGAUUCCUGGGGGUCAUUGUGAUCUGAAUGCUACACCAGUUUCUUUGACGCUUACUACCCUCUGUGUCAUUGCCGAUUUCUUCUUCGCUCUCAUGCCUUGGAUCUUUCUCUGGAAACUCAACAUGAAUCAACGAGAAAAGAUGAUCAUCGCCAUCAGCAUGAGUUUAGGUGUCAUCGCCGGAGCCUGCGGUAUAAAACGCACUCUCCAAGUCCCCAACCUCUCCACAAACAACUACUCGCACGACACGGUCGGCCUGAUUGUCUGGUCCUCGGCCGAGAUCGCCAUCACCAUGAUCUGCAUCGGCAUUCCCGUGUGUCGACCACUCUACAAGUCCUUCUUUGAAAAAAUCAUCUCCUCCCGUAACGGUAGCGGGGGGUACCAAAAACAACAGAGCGGCGGGGCCAGUCAAAGCCUGGGUCUGCGCACGAUCGGUGGCGGCGUCAUCCCUGGCAGGUCUGGGGGGCAUGAUAGCAAGAACAAGUCCAGACCGGGUAGGGAUGAUGAGUCGGAUGAGUUUGAACUACAGAGAGAGAGAACGAUGCCGGAGAGUAGUGGGAGUGAUGGGCUUGGACUUCAUGGACCUGCUGGAACAGGGCAGAGUCCAUUCAAUGAUGCGAAUGCGAUUUCUGGUUCCUCGGCGACGGUAGCGGUAGGACGAGUGGGUGGGAUGGAUAACAGAAGUGAGGAGUCAAUUUUGGGCGAAGAGUAUCGGAGAGGACAUGGAAAGAGCAAUGGUGACUUGGAGAGGGGGGAGGGUCCUGGUCCCGGACAAGCACAAGGAGCAGGACACUGGGGAAAUAAAAGAAGCUCGGGAGGAAAGGGGGCGGUGAUCCAGGUUACGGAGGAGUGGCAUGUCACGAGGGAGUGAGUGACUGGACCUGACUUGCGCUGGGUAUUAUUGUCCGUUUCUUGGAUGUUGUUAUGGCGCCGGUGAUAACAAGGAUGGCGUUUUGUUUGGGCGAUUGGACAUGAAAAAGAUGGAAAGAUGUGUUGCAUCACUGCGAUCAAAGUUUUGUUCUGGGACACAGAUACCUUUGGGGUUGGCUAUUUGUUUUGUUCUGCUCUUUCCUUUGUCUUCUCUUCCUUCUUCCUCUUCUUUUUCAAUUUCCUUUGUACGUUCAAAGAGUCUACAUACUCCGUGCUUCUGUUUCAAGCUCCGGAUCUCGAUCGUCCCCAACCAACAAGAAAGGAUCACAUAUGCUAACGGGAUCGACUGAAAAUCCUCCCUAAAUAAAGGCGAAUUUCAGCUCUGUCACUCGGCGAUUGCGAGCCUUAACGUUUUUCAAUGACCAAGACUUAUCAUAUGAAGUAUCAAACGUGGUUGGACUGAAUAGAAAUGCAUCCCGG